CUUUGACCAGACCACGACGACUUGCAUCUCGCACCCAAUCAUGCAUUCUGGUCGAUGAUGCGGUUAUAUCAGACGCAUUCCCGGGCCCCCAACAAAAAUCGUUGAAAAACAAACAAAAACUAAAGGAUUUUCCCCUGAUCAACCAAAAUAAUGACGUCCACCGAGCCCAAGUCGCCGGAGCAGCCUCUGUCGCCCAUGCAACAAGCCGCCGACUUCGACACCAUCCGGCGCAAUCUCGCCAUCGCGGGCGUCAUAAUCUGCCCUAUACUCAUCGCGCUACCGCCCCGCAAGCUGGAUAUAUACACCUUCGCGCUGGGUGGGUCGACGCUGAUCUCGCUCAACUACCUCCGGAAGCACGCAACGGGGCGCAGCUUCCUCGAGAGCGCAGGCGUCACCGGGCCGGGCAAUUCCGUUGCGGCAGCGGGCGACAGCUACACGGGUUUGAUGCCGACGGAGAGGGCAAGGCUGUACCAGCAGCUGUUGAAGGAGAGGAAGGAAGCCGAGGCAGCGGGGAAAACUUGGGUUCCGCGGACGAUAGAGGAGCAGAAGAGCGUGCUGGAGAGCGUGCGCGAGGCGAAGGUGGAGGAAGAUUGGAGAGCUAUAAGGAACAGGAAAGAACGGGAGGCGUUUGAAAGAGGCGACGGCGUUGGCACGCUGAUAAAGGACUACUUCGCGGAAGCUCUGGGCUUCAAGGAAGAAGACGAAUCUUCAGACGGAGCGAACGGAAAAAGGUGACCAAGGCAGCCUUUGCGCAUUUCCGAUCAUUCCCUCGGAGGACGAAAUCACAUACAUGUCGUAUGUGUAAAUAAAACACGCAAAGACGGCACGAACAAAAACUCAGCGUGGACGUUGCGUGGAAGCCAAAGGAUGAAAACGAACACCUCAGAAAGAUCAAGUCAUUCAUAUACAUUGUAUCAAAUACACGCUCUCCAGAAAAGAACAUACUGUACGAUUAGUUAUUAUUCCCCUCUUAUCUUGCUAUGACGGACAGAUAUACGUCGGAAAAAAUAGGUUGUCAAAGACUCCAAUUUCUCGUGAAAAGUGCGACAGCUCGCCGGCCGUAGAUUGGUAACCAUCAAUGCGCCAUUCCCAAUGAAUACUUUUCAAAC